UCAGGGUCUUUUUCCAGUGCAAUGGCAGUGGCUGGUGCAGUUCGUGAGAAAAUUACCGAACAAAAAGAAAAAUACUGUUCUUUUCCGACAAAAAUUGACAUUGCACGAAAACUGAAAGAUGCUGGCGAUCUGUUGAUAUACAAAAGAUUCGAAGAUUGUCUAGAUUUGUGCCAGGAGGUAGUAGAUGAAGUAAACAACCUGGGAAGUGGGGAGAGCAGCAGCAUUUACCGUGAAUCUUGCUGUAUGCUAGCAGUCCAGGCGUAUGCCGAGUUAAAUAAAUGGGAAGAAGUGCUGCCUUACGUGACAGCUCUGUAUGCUGGGAUAGAAGGCUGCCCUGCCAGAAUUGUACAGUUGUGUAUACUGCUUCACAGUAGGGUCCAGGACUUCACCACAUGUAGUGCUAUAGCCAGUAUAUGGCUGAAACUUCCAGAAAACCACAAAGACCCUCUGUAUGCUGCCAUGGCAGACACUUUGGUCCAGUUUGUAUUAGUACCCCAAGGACGCUGGGACAGCAUUGAGCCCUUCUUGAACACAUGUCUGGGAUUAGAGAAAACUCAAAAAGAAGGUCUACUGUCUAAGUAUCAGAAGAGAAAACAAGUCUUAGAUAGAAGGAAGGCACAGGAGGAAGAAGACAGGGAAAAGAGCACUUUUAAGCAGCAGGACCCCCGCAGUAAUGUGCUGGAUGUGGCUAACAGUGCUACAUUGUCCCAACAUGUGAUAAUACAGUUAUGGAAGUACCUAUAUCACAGUAGACCUACUCUACCCAUGGUGCUGGUUAUUGCUGUGAUCAUGACUGCAGUACUCGUAAAGAGAUGCAACAAAGGUAGUGGGUGGACCAAGCCAGGGAAAAUGUUCAUUUCUUUUGUGGCUACAAUCUGGAGGAGACUGUUUGCACCAUACCACCUGGCCAGGUGAUGUGGUAUAAAGACUGGCACCACCUGGCCUGGCGACGUGGUAGGACUGGCACCACCUGGCCUGGCGACAUGGUAGGACUGGCACCACCUGGCCUGGCAACGUGGUAGGAAGACUGACACCACCUGGCCUUGCGACGUGGUAUAAAAACUGGCACCACCUGGCCUGGCGACGUGGUAGGAAGACUGGCACCACCUGGCCUUGCGACGUGGUAGGAAGACUGGCACCACCUGGCCUGGCGACGUGGUAUGAAGACUGUCUCAAGCAGAUCAAGCUCCAAAUUGACGGAACAAGAUGCAUCUUGCAAGAUAGAACACUCAUUUAAGCAGAGAGGAUCUUAUAAAUCAUAGCAGUUAGAAAUAAAUUUAGGUAUAUUGCAAGUUUGCAAGCCUGAGUAGGUAUAAAACACACAAACAAUCCGCAUGGUUUGUUGCUCAGCAUUUGGGGAAUAAGAUUUCCAUCAGUAUCUGGAUUUCAAAUGGACAUUUAUUUUUUGAGUUUGCUUAACAUAUUAUGGGCGGCCAAAAGGGCAAAAAUCCAAGACGUCGAUUCAGUCAUGCUUCAUCGAUUCAGUCAUGUUUUGUCAAUUCACUGCCUUUCCAUCGAUUCAGUUUCGAGUUUAAACAAGCCUAUCAUAAAUUCAAUAUCCAUUUUCUUCAAUUUAAUUGUCAAACAUUUCUCAUCUACAGUGACUAUUUUCGUCAAUCGCCUAACUAUUUUCGUGGAUCCUGUCACGUCACUUCAUCAUUCAUCAAUCGAUCACGAGAGGGUGAGCAACUGUCUCUCACAUUUGUAUGUCUAACUAGUAACGGGUGAGCAACUGUUUCUCACAUUUGUAUGUCUAACUAGUAAGGGGUGAGCAACUGUUUCUCACAUUUGUAUGUCUAACUAGUAAGGGGUGAGCAACUGUCUCUCACAUUUGUAUACUUUCAUUCCUUGGUACAGUUGUGACCUAUCCUUGAAGAUUUCAUUAAAUGUGUAAGUAAUUAAUUACUUCAUUAACUAUUUAAUUAAUUAAUUACUAGUUAAUGAACAGAUUAUCACCAGUCUCAUCAUUUCCUUGGACCAUCUGUGACCCUUCCUAAAAAUUUCACCAAAAUCCAUCUGUGCACAGACCAAAAAAAAAAAAAAAAAUUAUGUCUGAGAUAUAAAAUACAAACAGUUUCAGCUGUUAAUGGUGAUCAGUUAUCAGAUUUUUAGAAACAUUUUGAAAUCAUUAAAAAAAAUUUCUACAUGUGCUGCAUUCGUUGUGCUUUUAUGGUAAAGAGUAGAACCGUAAGGUAGCGUACAUUUCAAUUCUAUUGCUACCUGAAACAGUUAGAAUGUAAUAAAUUUUUAGAAUUUAUGAUGUUAGAAAAACAUGGUAGCAGUAAAAUUAUAUAUUUCCCAAUUGAGAAGAUUUAGAAACUACUACAAUUACUCAACUAUAACUUAUUUAUUGAGAAACUACUACAAUUACUCAACUAUAACUUAUUUAUUGCUCAGUUUCCUCAAAGCACAGGUGACGUACAUACUUUAUUGUUACAAAAAAAAAAAAAAAAAAAAAAAAAUUCCAGUAUGAUGAAUUAAAUCCGUAUAAUGUCUGUCAAAGAUAUACUUCAAUCUCUGCAUAGAAUUUUCAAAAACCUCAAUUAUCCUGCAAGACGGGCAAUACAGCUGCCUAAUGCAUGGAUCUGCAUGGUCAGAGCCCGCGUAUCAUUACAGUUUGUAAGAGACCAUUCCCAGAGACUAUUGUAUGUACUUUGGAUCGAUCUAUCUUCAAGGGGGUUAAUUCUCACUAAAUUGCUAUCAACUUAAGCAGCUUAGGUGUCUCAGAUGCCCACUGAAGCUGGUAGAGGGUAAUUAAUUAUCGUUUAGCAGCUUCAGUUGGCGUGCCAGACAUAAGGCUGUUUAAG